AUGCCCGUACUCGUGGUUACACCUGGAACCAUCAGCUUCAACGCGGCCAUCUCAGUCUGCGAGAAAGCAUGGCGCUGGGAGCAUGCUCUACACCUGCUCCUUCAAAUGGAGGAGAUACAGGCGGUUCGGGAUGUGAUCACCUACAGCGCCGCCAUCAGUGCCUGUGCACAGGGCGCAGAAUGGCGCCCUUCGCUGGCUCUGCUCGCAGAGAUGGAGUGUCAGGAAGUGAUGCCCACAGUCUUCACACACAAUGCCUUGAUAACCGUCUGCGGCCGUGCGGGACAGUGGGAGUUGGCGCUCUGGUUUUUGCACAGGCAGUUGCUGGACCACAUGCGGCCGGAGGUCAUCAGCUACAACGCUGCCAUCAGCGCCUGUCAGAAGGCAGCUGAAUGGGUGAAAGGGCUGCACCUUCUGGCGCGCAUGCCUGCCCAUGAGCUGGAGCCGAACGAGAUAAGCUUCACUGCAGCCGUUAGUGGCUGCGAGCAAGCCUGCCGAGAUGGAGCGGCGAGUGUGGUUGCGAAUGAGCCGUGA